AUGGGAUUCUGGUUGAUGAAACCGAACAAAACGAUCGAUAAAAUCCCCGAGCCGGGCGACUAUCGGAUACAACCGUGCACAAAAUUCAGCUCAAAGGCAGUCUUCACCGUAAUCACAUUUCUAUACGUACUGCUGACAGCAGCGCUUUGUGUGAUUCUAUUGGCCAAGCAAAAAGUAUUCGACAUUGAUCCAAGCAUCCUUGAAGUGAUCCCGUUCUCAUGGGUAACAUUCGUGAUCGCCGUCUUUUACACAUUCAUUUGCAUCAUUACGAUCAAAACGCUGAAACCGGGAUUCGCGCAGCUUUUGAUCCCGGUUACGGUGAUUCUUGUCGUUUUUUGCCUCUUCGAUCUCUUCGGCCGACUGGAAAACCAGAAAAAUCAAAAAUACGAUGACGGACUUGAGGAGAUUCUCGUGAAAAUCAAAGGUAUCAUGCAAAUCAUGACGCUGCUCUCGAUUUUCCUUUGGUGCUUCAAUUUGUUGUACUCUUUCUAUUCGUAUAUCAGAGACUGUCAACUCUACAAGGAGCAGACUCGAGGUGCAUUGCACUAUUUU